GUGGGUAUUGCGACACGCCUGUUGAAAGAAGCUGUGUUAACAUCCUGCCCAAAUACCAGCAGAUGUAAGACAGAAAAAUAGUCCUUUCAGGCUCCAUCUAAAGUGUGCAUCCAAGAACAGCAGAUAUGAACUCCGGUUCACUGGUCGGAUGGAAGCUCCAUGGCAGUGUGCUGAUUUCAGUGAUCGCAGUGGUGAACAUCAUCUGGUGGAUGAUAAUGAUUGCUGCCAUCAGUGUCGGGGCCACUCAUUUGGGAAGUUGUCCGGUGCAGCCUAUGAUACCCAUCUACCUGUUAGUGCUGGGUGUGUCCAUGCUUCUGUCUCUGCUACUGGUCUACUCGGUCAACAUCUGGCAGGGAGGUGUUGUGAACACUUUAGCCUCCAUCUUGGUGGUCUUGCUGCACAUCUUUACUCUUUCCUGGUUUAUAGCAGGCACAGUCUGGAUUUAUCGAGUCUACCUGCCAGACAAUGUGCCUGGUGACGCCGACUACUGCCAUCGAACCAUCUAUCUGUUUGCUUUUACGGUCACCACAGUGAUAUGGAUCUUUUUGAGCAUGGUGUUGUUGGUUGGUUGUUGCUUCCUCUGCGUGACUUGCUGCCUGGCUCUGGGUGCGAGGGAGAGACUGCUGCCAGAACGUGAGGAUUCCUACGGAGCUGUGGACAGCUGUGCUGGUGACGUCUGACUAGCUUUUUGGCCCAUAUAAGUCAGCUGUAUGUUUGGGGACCUUGUAUACUCGGGACAAUGAGGGGAAUCUGAUGUUCAGGCACAAAAAUUAACAAUUGCUGCUACCCACUGGUCAAAUAAUGGAUAGUUAAAGAUCCCACCAAGCUAAAAAGAAGGACAAUAAUAUAAAUCAUGUAUCUUAUACGUUUCAAAAUGAUGUCAAUAAAUCAAAUGGUUAGGCUGGUCAAUGAGAAAAUGUUUGUUCUCCACAAAAUGAAUCUUCUUUACCUUUCAACUUA